AUGCUGUGCAACAAACACCGCAAGCAGUUGGCUUCUUCUGGCAAUGGCGGAUUCUGGAAAGCCGUUUCCAAAGGUGCGGCCAAACACGGUAGCAAAAUCCCCCAAUAUGCUUGUCAGCUCAUCGCUGUGGCGAUGUUAAAAGCACGACAGCGUUAUUUGCUACGUUACCCAAGUCGAUCUAUGCUGGACAUUGAUCUGCUUCUUACCGCAUAUAUCCAGCACUUCUUGAUCUACCUAGUAUCCGCUGAAAAGUCGCAACAUGAUGUCGGCCUCCAAUGGAGACUAUCUACGGGCGAAAAGUUUGAAGCCGUCGACUAUUCCACCCCAGUCGGCCCAAGCAAACAGGUUUCUAAGAACAGGUUCAAGCUUUCGCCCGACGCAGCCCAGAUUUUGAAACCAAUAGCUGAGUUGGUUGGCGAGGGGAAAAUCAAACCGGAUUUGAUGGGUAUGGCUGCGUCGAUUUUUGAAUCUAAGCCACAGAAGAAGACGCAUAGAAAGCGGAAUCUCUUCGUUAUUGAAAGUCAUGACGAGGACCAAUCUAAACAAUGCACUCUGCAGACGCAAACGAUUGACGCCAACCACUCAGCAGAGACACUCCCUGCGUCGCCGACUCGCCGACUUCGCCGUUGUCGACCAGCUGUAUCUCCAUUGAGACCACGGAAAGGGUAUUCGCCCGGGAAAGCCGUUUAA